UGCGCGCGCACGCCGGGAGGGGUCCCGGCCAAUCGGGGCGGGGAUCGUUCCUUCCCUGCUCGGAGAAGCGAACCCCCUCACUCCGGACCGAGCCACGAGCUCAGCUGACCGCCCCGGCGACUCCUGGACUCCCACAGACUCUGUAGAUGUUGGAUUGUGAGUCCCAGAAGUCCUCCGGAAGGAAAUGGACAACGCCGCCCUUCGACCCCCGUUUCCCCAACCAGAACCAGACCCGCAACUGCUACCAGAACUUUCUGGACUACUACCGCUGCCUGAAGGCCAUGGAUCGGCGUGGCAAGAGCCCUGAGCCCUGCCAGUAUUACCAACACGUGUUCCGCUCGUUGUGCCCCAAGAGCUGGGUGCAGCGCUGGACCGAGCAGAUUCAGGAUGGGACCUUCGCUGGCAAAAUCUGAGCGGAGCGCGCGUGGUUCUUUGAGGGGUCAGCCCCAAUGCCAUCUUUCCAGCCACCCGGAUACUUACCCUAGUCCUUAAACUGCAAAUACAACUU